UUUAUAAUGCAAUGGUCACUAUUAAAGACCAUGCAAAUACAACUGCUGAUAUUAUUCAAGGCGGUAUAUUCUUUUUCGUAUUAACUUAUUUAAAUUAUACAUUCUUAGAGAGUAAUUCGGAAUGUUUUUGCAUUGAUGGUAAUCCUAAAUUGCCAACUAAAAACUAUGAUAUAGACUUAGAUAUUAUUGCACCCAAAUUGCCUUCUGAACACAUCAUUGGAGCCUUAAUUUAUAAGCCAAUGAAUUACCUAACAAUAGCUUGUGGUUUUGCUA